AACCAAACAAAAAUCCAAGUCCAAGACCAUGCCCUACCGUAGGUAACUCYCCAGCCAGCCAGCCAGCCAGCCAGCCAGCCAAGCGCUCGCCCGCAAGGACACACCAAACGAUCGAUCGAUCGAUCAAUCGAUCGAUCCAAUUCAUCGAUUGUUCUCCCUCCGGCAUGGCGGGUGGAGACGAGCUCGCCGCCCGGGCGGAAGGGGCGGCCCGCGAAGCGGUCUCGGAAUGGAUCCGGGGGGCCCUGCGGGAGGCCUUCCUGCAGGCCCUCCGGCGGGUCUGGACCCUCCGUCCGGUCGACGAUGGCUCCGCCGCAGCUGCGGUAGAGGUCUCCGCCCCCGGGUUCGAAACCUGCCUCGGCCUGGUCGAGAGGGUGGCGGGGAAGUGGAGGGACAAGCUGGAGGCGGAGGGCCACCACAACGCGGGAGGGUGGGUCUGGGAGGUCUUCGAGCGGGGGAAACAAACGCUCUGGGAAGGAUCGGUCGGCGGGGAGGAAACCAGCGGCGAGACGCAUGCAGAGCCCCUUUCCCGUGGCGGCUACGGGGAUCUCCGGGACGACGACGACGGCAGCAACGACGACGGCAGCAACGACGACGGCAGCAACGACGACGGCAGCAACGACGAACCGGCGGCUCCCCCCGGGGGGCCCGCAAGCGACCGGUGCCACCACCCGGGAGUCUACGCGAGCCUCCGAUCCCUGGGGCGCAAGCGCAGGCUGGACUACUCGGUCCUCUCCGUUCCGGACGCCCUCGGGGCCGUCGAGGGCUUUGCCAGGGACCACCCCACCUACUGGCCGGCCGGCCACUGGGGGGCCGUCGAAACCGCCUCCCUCGAACUGGCGGACCGGAUGGAGGCGAGGGACCGCCACGGGUCCGGCCACGCCGCCCGGAACGGGGGGGGAGACGGGGCCGUGUACACCAAAAAGGCGGUCCGCUUCCAGGUCCUGCCCAAAACCGUCUGGGAAACCAAGCAGCGCAAGCAGCAGCAGCACCAACAACAACGACAACGACAAGAGCAUGGACAGCAACAGCAAGAGAACGACGGCGAAGGGGCCGGCGCCACGGCAGCGGACCGGGGGGGGGCCUCCCUGGCCGCGAGGAUCGUUCUGGCCCACCGAAGCCAGAAGGCCGGGCGCCGGAGGGCCGGCGGAGGUCCCCGCACCGAAAAGGGACGACAGCCGCACGGGGUGGAGGAUCCCCCCCGGCCCCCGUCCGAUGCGACGCUGCCGGUUCCCGGUGGACUCCUCCCCGUCGUCCUGACCCCGGAAGAAAUCCGGCGGCUCGAGGGGCUGCUGGUGAAUGUCGGCGAUGGCGUCGGACCGAAAUCCACCGCGGCGGCUCCGAGGGAGGACAACGAGAACAACACCUGCCUGGGGCUCUUUGGUGGACUGGAGUGCGUCGGGCAGACCACCCACGCGAUCAAGAACCGGGACACCGGUGUCCCGAGCGACAACAACGCCGGCGUGGUCUUUAUGGACCCGAAAAACACCACCGAUAGGGCCCGGCGCCGCCGGGAGCGGACCUCGAUCCAGGAACGCCUGGACCCGAACCGCGUCCGGGCGGGCAGGGAGGAGAACCCGUGGGACCGGAGGUCCAAGGUCCUCAGGACGGAGGACUGGUUCGACGCCCGGAAGAAGUUCCUCGACCUCGAUCUGGGGUGGUGCCUCCUGGAACUCCCAACGCCGGAACGGGGAGGCCGGAAACGCCUCUGCGCCUUUUCGAGCAUGGAGGCCUGCCUGGGAGACCACGACUAGCAAACGCGAAAACAAAAGAAAAAACGCACC